ACACAUGUGCUUUCUCCCCCUGCUCACUUGCUCCCUUCACUGGAUCUCUAGUGUCCUCUUUACUUUUGGCUCUUCUUUUGGUUUCUUCUCAAUUAGAGUGACAACAAACUUUUCAACCAAGAAACCUUCACAGAUUAUGCUUUUCCAUUUCUACAUUUGAGAAAACCUCAACUGCAACUUCAAAAGGUAAAAAAAAAAAGAUCAACACUAGGCAUUUUUUUUCAGACCAGCUUUACUAAGACUUAUUUCACUUCUCUGUAAUAAUACACUAAAAGAUACAAAGAUGGAACUUCAGAAACUAUCAAAUGGACACCACCAGGAAUUCCAGCCUCUGGAAGAUGGUUUCUCACCAGAGCAAGAACAGUUUUUACCACAUAAGAACAACGGGAAAAAACCCCCUCAGUUUACAGAUUUUGAAGGGAAGACCUCAUUUGGAAUGUCUGUGUUUAACCUCAGCAAUGCCAUCAUGGGCAGUGGAAUCCUGGGACUGUCAUAUGCCAUGUCCAACACUGGCAUAAUUAUGUUCCUGUUCCUGUUGAUGUGUAUUGCUAUUCUUUCAUCUUAUUCUAUCCAUCUUCUUCUGAAGAGUGCUGGAGUUGUUGGUAUUCGUGCCUAUGAGCAGCUUGGCAAGAGAGCAUUCGGUCACCUGGGAAAAAUACUGGCAGCUAUUGUCAUAACAAUGCACAACAUUGGAGCAAUGUCUAGCUAUCUCUUCAUUGUGAAAUAUGAGUUACCUUUGGUCAUUCAAGCAUUUUUGGGUCUUCAUCAUAGCAACGGACAGUGGUACUUGAAUGGCAACUAUUUGAUCAUCAUUGUGUCUAUCUGUAUUAUUCUUCCACUGGCCAUGAUGAGACAGCUUGGGUAUCUGGGCUACACCAGUGGUUUCUCACUGACAUGCAUGGUUUUCUUCCUCAUCGCAGUCAUCUAUAAGAAGUUCAACAUCCCUUGUCCUCUGGAGGAUUUCAGCAAUUACACUACAGUCAAUAUCACAAAAGAAGAAGAAUGUGAGGCCAAGUACUUCACUAUCAACCAGCAGACGGCCUAUACAGUUCCCAUUUUGGCCUUUGCAUUUGUGUGCCAUCCUGAAGUGCUGCCUAUCUACACUGAAUUGCGCAACCCUACUAAGCGACGCAUGCAGGCCAUCGCCAAUGUAUCCAUCCUAAGCAUGUUUGUAAUGUACCUGCUGACCGCAAUCUUUGGAUACCUCACCUUUUAUGGAAACACAGAGCCAGAGCUGCUGCACACCUACAGUAAAGUGGACCCACUGGACAUACUGAUCCUGUGUGUGAGAGUGGCUGUACUGGUAGCUGUCACACUGACUGUUCCUGUGGUGCUCUUCCCGAUUCGGCGAGCUCUACUGCAGCUGAUUUUCCCAGAGAAACCUUUUCACUGGGCUCGUCACAUAUCCAUUGCUGUGGGCCUCCUCUUUGCUGUCAACUUGCUUGUCAUCUUUGUACCCAACAUCCGAGACAUCUUUGGCAUCAUCGGUGCCACCUCUGCACCAAGCCUGAUCUUCAUCCUGCCGGGUCUAUUCUAUAUCCGCAUUGUCCCAGUAGAUCAGGAGCCAUUGCACUCAAGAGCAAAAAUUCAGGCUAUUUGCUUCACAGCCCUGGGUUUCAUCUUCAUGUCUAUGAGUUUAACUUUCAUAGCCCUGGACUGGAUCAGUGGAGAGAACCGCAGUGGUGGGGGACACUAAUUCCCAACCACAAACACAAGGGGUCCAGUAUGCUCAGCAGAACACCAUCGAGUUGUCCUCUUCUCUCAAACCCAGUUUUGGAAACAGAGAGAAGAGCAUAAACAAACAAACAAACAAACAAAAAAUCACUGAUAGGCUGGGCCCAUCUCGUCUCUGGUCCCUUCCCUCACUGAGUGAGGGUAGGACCUGCUUCCCACCAUAUUUCAAAUUAAAUAGAGGAGUGUUUGUGGUGGAGGAUCUUGGCCGAACAUGAUGACAUCACGCCCUUCCGAGGCAGUAACAUUCAAGAUCCUGAAUGCAGUAAUUUGCUUUGACAAUCCACAGAGAUAAAUGACAAUUAGGUUUCUGAUUGCAACUGCUUACAGAUGCGAAAUUCUAAAAGUUCUUUUGCAGCAUCUGUAAGAGAACCCAAAAAAGCAGAUGUGAUGGUUUAUUUUGUCCCCUCAAUGUAAACAGGAAAAAUCCAUGUUUUGUACUGCAAUCCAAAACCUGAUUGAUUCUGUUCAAUCUUGGUUUAAAGGCAAAUAGAUUUAUGCCAUGCACAUAUAGCAGAUUAUUUCAUUAUGUUGAUCUGCUACACUUCACUUUUAGGAGAAAACCUUAUCCAAGUUUCCAAAGCCCGGUUUUGGUAAAGGGUGAAGUUUUUACACUAAGUCACAAACCGUAAUACCUGAAUGUUGAAAUUGGCAAAAACAUAAAAAAAAAUACAUAUUGCUAUGUUAAAGCCACUUAUAAGCCAUUUAUAAAUCAGUGGUUUAUAAAGACAGUUCUAUUAACAGGAAAUGUAUAGCAUAGCUAUUCUUAUUAUAUAACUUCUUUACAGUAUUUAAUGUGCCAAGUACAACUGGCAUUACCUCAAACAAUGAAACUGAAAUAACAAACAAACAAACAAACAAACAAAAACAUCAUGUGCCUUCAAAACUCAGGGUAUACACCUUGAUCCCUGAAUCUUUUUUUAUUCAAUGCUGGGCCUCAGAUUGUUGCUCUCAAGUCCCUGACUGUGGUUUUAAAGCAGAAUAGACAAAUUAGAAAGUAUACUGAUUAGUUUUAAUCUUUUCAAAAUAGCUUUUUGUUUAUGCAUGAUUAAACUUCAUCUGAAUAACAAAGGUACAGCAGAUUAGAACCUCUGUAAUGGAACUCAAUGCUGAACUAAUAGCUUCAGAGGAAAAUCAUUCUGUCAGUAGAAUUAGAGCAAAAGCUCCAUCUGUAUUUUUUUUCCACAAUGAAUGAGUGAAGCUUGAUAAUUGAGAGCUCAUUAUGUGCCAUCGGCUAUCAUGUAUUUAUUAGCACUUCUACUGUGGCCUUUUGUUUUAGGUUGAUUUACUUUUUUUUUUUUUUUUUUGGUGCCACAGAUAAAAUCUCCACAAAUUUCCAAUGUCAAAUAAUAAGAAGGAAACCAAAAAGAGACAUUUUUUAAUCACUUAAUUUUAAGCCAAUAUGACAGUGCAGAACAGGCUGAAUUAAGUUUUAAAUUGUUUUUCCUCUGAGUCUAGAGGUUACUGUGAAACAGUGUCUGUGAAAUAUGUUUUCAAAAGCAGACUAAUAUCCAUGUCCCACAUAUAUCCACAUAUACACAGGAGAAAAUCUAAAAUAUUCACGGUUAAGAUGAGACUAAUCUGCCUAUUUAAUGGAUACAAGGUCCUCAAAUAAAGGGUAAUAUUUAGGGAAUAUUUGCCAUUUAUUAAUGACCUCUUGGACACCUCACUUGGCAUUUUUAGCCAACAAAACAUCAUCCCAAUAUCUCCUACAAUCAGCACAUCCUAUUCCUCAUUCAGUAAUAAAGUGGGUCAGACUAUUUCAUACUCAGUUUACAGUGUAGCUGAGGCACAUUGGACAAAGCUGGUGUGGUUGUUGGCUGUUAGCUGUGCAUGCCAAUGUCACUGUGAACUUCACAAUUUACAACCUGUGAAUUUGACUAUUUUACAUUUAGCUUAAAGAUGCAGUCUAACUUGAUCUGUUAGUUUUUACAUUAUUUUGCGUGGAAUGAAAUUCCUCGUACAUUCAUGUAACACAAACCGGUUUCUUGUUUUAUCCCCCAAAUCUGAACUGUUGCUGAGUGCAUACUACUAUUCAUGUACAGUAGUGUUGUUCUUCAUGUUCUUUCAACAGUUUUGCAUCUUCUCUGCUAGUUUAAAGAAGACGGUGCUAAUGUUUGAUGAAGUGACACAGAAUUUUAAAAGGAUAUCCAGUAACACCAAAGAUACUUUGCCGCUGAUGAAGUUAUUUCAUCAACUGUUUUUUGUUUUUUGUUUACUGAAUUGGCUGUUGUCUUGGUCAUUCUUACAGUUUCCAAUAAAGAUGAAUUCUGUAUGA